AUGAACAACCCCAUCCCCACCGAAAUCGCCAUGUCGGCUCGCGAGAUCGAAGGCUUAGUCCAUGACGCCGUGAUAAAGCGGGGGUCCUCAAAGGAGAAGCAAGGGAACAAGAAGGCGUCAAAGCAACACGCAAAGCGGAAGGGGCCGAAACGCAUUCGCGUGAACAAGGCCUCAAUUAACAUAACCGACUCCAAGAUCAUGUGGUGGAGUUAUCCCAACGAUUUAUCCAGCGGGCAGAACAUCGACACCGUAUGCUUCACAAAGCUCAAACCAAGAGUGAGUCUACGCGCUGUCCAAGAGCAAGACAGACUCAUCAAAGCGACCAAGAAGUUGCGAGAUGACCCGCGGUUGCACCCGAGUGCGUCUAUUCGGUCACGCGUAGUGUAG